ACGGUCUGAGGCAAAUACAACGUUGACGACCCCAUAUGUUUUCUGUAUAUGUCAGACAGUCACUCGCAGGCCAUAAGAGGCGAGCAAAGGGUUGAUGUUGUUUUCUCCGGCCUGGUGCUCGUAUUUCUUAUCUUCGUUUGCAACUAACGACACAGUUUCCCGAUGAGGAAUUCUUUCACAAAUUACGACAUCCCACAAUUUUCAUUUAACCUUACCCAAAAAACCUGUUGUUUGAAGAACGAGUACUCACUCAUUUUCCAUUUUCGACAUAUAAACGCACCACUCGCAGCUGUCUACCACUCUCAUCUCAAACCAGCAGAGCUCACGAUCAGGCGAAGUAGAAGUAGCUGCUCAUCCAUUUCCGUUUUUCGACGUUUAGACGACACAAACAGCAACUCCGACAAACAACGCAAGACAGCGAAGAACACGCUGCAGUCUGGAAUCGUCCUCUCGGACAUUCUCAUUCUUGAUCUUGACGCCCUGGUAAAAGAUAUUUGUUCUGGAAAUAACCAGUAAAAAAAAAGAACGAACCGCGUCAACUACACCGCCUUCGACAACAUGCCUCGUACCAAAACUUUCGUACGGGUCGCCGGGAGCACCUCUUGCCUGCUAUCACCGCCCGUGCUGGUCGCCGCCACGGCGACUGAGGAUCAGUAUCAAAUGCAAAUGUGUCUGGGACUGGAAACUUGUAAUGCUUAUGCUGGGCUGUGAAUCGGGAACACCAAUGCUCUGUAUCUCUAAUGCACAGCCAAGCAUGAGAAAUAUUUGGGAGGCUUUGUGUUGCGUUUUUCGCAUGACUUUGCAUGACAAGCGAAAGCGUCUUUUCUUAGACACGCAUCACAAACUCCGUACUCAUGCCAGACAAGCAUGGCAAACCUUGCACUCCUCCAGACCCAGACAUGUUUGCAAUGCAUAACCAGUACGCCUUCUUGAAAGACGAGGACGACCAGUUGGAUAAGGAGGUCGUGGCGGCGUACAAACGGGCGACGAUGCUAGAAAAAAGUGGAAGUAAGAACGAACCUGCUGAUGGGCCAGGUGGCGGCGAGAAACAAGUAGACGAACAGAAGUCGAAGACGAAACUGAAGGGCGGGGGUGGAAGCAAGAAGCGCCGGUCGUCGCGUCGCAAAAACAAGAAGAAGUCGUCGGAAAGCGAUGCGGAUUUUGGUUCGAGUUCUCGAAAAAACAAGAAGAAGUCAACGGAGGGUGAUGUUAAGGCGGAAUCGGGGGCGACAGGCAGUGGUGUGGAGGACGUGGAUGUUGCGUCAACUGCCUCUGCCGUUCUCCAGUUGCACAUUGCCGCGGGGAUUGACAAGAUACACAAACGCCUAGCGUUUUUGGAGACGCAACUUGCGAGAUCAGGAGCAAUUGCUGAAGGGGGCAUUGGAGAUGACAGCGGUGCUCCCGGUGCGGGUCCUGGUUCUACCGUGACCGUUCCAGAUGCUGGCGCUUCCACCACACAAGCAGGUAGUGAUCCUCCACCACGCGAGGAAGGACGAGAGAACGUGGCUGUGGCGUCUGCACCAGCUGGUGAUGCCGAAGAAACAGAGCAUGAUCGUCCCGAAGAAGCAAAGCUUAAGAAAGCAUCGUCCGGUCGCGGCGAGGAACCCUUACAACGAGAACGACCACCACUACCUCCACCGGACGCGCCCCCUCCACCACCACCAGCAAAGGCAGACCCAGCAGAGGGAGAGCCCCAGCGCCAGCCGCCGCGUAGGGCCGCGACCUUACCGGCGAUACUAGGCGCGGCUCCUGGUGCGUCCAAAAGCAGCUUACCGGAUCAUCUUCUAGCUCCCGAUACCGAAGACCUACCACAAGCCCCGGAGGUCGACCCCGCGCGAGAACCACUGCCACGGCCAGUACCAGAGGAGAAAGACACCGCGAAAGCCAUGCUCAUUAACGUAAAGGAUGUUGUAAAGUCGGUUUGCUCCCAAGAUCCAAAGAUUUCUGAUUUGCGGCACGAGCACAAUUCUUGCCUUGCUCUGCUUCGCUCCAUCGGGUCCACGGCUGAGAACUCCGCGACCGAAAGUUUCCCUCUGUUAUCGUGGGUUAAAACCAAUGCAAUUGCCGGGAACGCCCGGAACACGCCGGGAGACUUUCUGCAAUUUCUGGCGCCGAAGCUUUUCGCCUACGAGGUGGGCUACGGCACGACGAGCACCUCUGGAGCACCCGCAGCUGCACCAGAAUCCGCGUUUGCAACCCAUGAGCAGCUGAUCGCUUUUCUGACGAUGGAAACGGGGUUUGGACGAGGUGACCUUGAUCUUGAUGGUGCUGAUGCUGUGAGCAGGAGUAGUCCACGGAAGCGACAGGAUACUCUCGGCAAGGAGCUGGUAGCCCUUUCGCUAAUGCACCAGAACGCAGGGGCAGCGGGUACCGAGGCCGACGCAUCAGUGACACUGAAGGAGAAGCGGAAGCGCGCCCUUGCGGGAGUGUUGUCCGACUAUCUUGUACCAUUCACCCUUGACGGGGGCGCGAAGGUAAUGCUGCCGGGCACAGCGGACGACUCCACAGCCCGAGACAAAAUCAAAUCUCUACUGAGUUCGCCAUUGAAAUCGUCCGUGGAUGCAGAAUACGGGAAGGAGAUGUUGGAGAGCAUUGCUUGGAACAUGGCUCGUUACGAUCCGGAAAGAGACAGGCUGCAGGAGCUUCCGAGCAACAAUGUUUUAACCAACUUCAUGGAGAAGGUUCUCACGGAUGUCGCGACGGGCAAGGAUGGUCACAGAAAGGCGCACCAGAUAACAGCUUACCUAGAUGCGCUGACGAAUUGUAGGACAGGCGAGCUCCGAUUGGAGCCUCUUUGCGACGGUUUUGGAGGUAAUCACCGGAUUCCUCUGCCAAAGAUUCUUGAACCCAAACCCGGGAAUCCUACGACCGCUGCCGCGUGGUUGCGCGAAGUGUUAGGCGGAUGCGAGAAUUGUAAAGACCCAACUCCGCCUCUUUUUACAAUGCCGCGUUUGGGGCGAAGCAGUGAGGGGCCACAAGAUAUAAAACAGCACAUCAAGAUGUUGGUUCAAAGAGCCUUUAGCGAUGGAAAAAAGCCCAAAACAAACCCGGAAUAUUUGGUGGAGGAGAUGGAAGCGGACAGCGAUGCUUUUUCUUCGCGUGGCCGAGAUCGCCCGGCUAGGUAUUUGGCCAGACUUCUUGAUGCGCUGCGAAGCGCAGACCUGGGCGUCCACGAUGUUGACCUUCUCCUCCAAAGGAAUCCGGACCAGUGCCUCGUGUUUCUCGAAAAGUUUUGGGAUGAGUUCAUGGUGCCUGUGAAGGCCAAAAAGGGGAGCGCGGACUACGGCAAGGUAGAGGUCAAGAACUCUGCACGAGGCGCGCUCAGCAAUUUUGAAAACGAGUUGAGUGAACACCGAUUGAAGGCGAAAGUAGGUACAGCUACAGGAAAAGAUGGUCACACGAUGGAUGGGGAAACGCGCCGUGAGAAGAUCGACGACCUGCAGCUCUUCGUGCAAAGACUUGCUCAGCCGGUAAAGGCGAUAAAGGACGACGACAAGGUGGCUCAGGAAGUGAAACUCUCUAUGGCGGAGUCCGAUUUGGCUUGGUCGGACCCUAGACAAGUACAGCGAGAAGUCUGGCUAAAAACGAAAUUCGAAUGCGGUAAACAUAAGCACAUGGAAGGGGUGGAUGGGGGCACAAAAAAAAAACGAGACACCGCAGGUUGGGUCGAGAAAGAGAUUAAGUCUGAUGACCCGACGUACACACUGUUGGUAAAGAACUUCGGACUACCCGCCGAACAGAGAUUUAGUACUCCUGAUCUUCUUGACGACAAGACCGAGAGCAAGUGAUACUACCGGGGGCCGCAAAGAAAGCGGCUUCGCUUUUUGUUUUUUUUUAGGUACUCACGACCGCCCCCGGGCUCAACUGGCACCAAGCAUUUUUUUCCCAGGUUUUUGAUAGCUAGCGCCGCCGCUUCAGGGUGCCCGGAAGUGUUCGUUAGACGUUCACGUUCAGGUUAUUUUAGGGCUUUAUACUUAUCAAGAAAUCCACUUUUACGUACUCACGACCGUUCACGUUCAAUGUUAUGUUUAUGUUCUUCUAUUCGUCGUAUCGCUUCCGCAUCUUUCUCACGGUAAGUCCUUAUAGGAAUGCAUUUUCUCUAAACACAAACACUUCUGCACUUCUUCAGUACGUACUCUCCAUUAUCGUUAAUGGGAGGCAUAGCGCGCUUCACCUUCAUGGUCAUCUAGAUCUUUACGGAUUUUUUAUGUAAGAGUAAGUUUUGACUGUCAACAAUUUUUACUUGUUUGCCCUAAGUAGAGGCGAACAGCAAACGAUUGGCGCUCAUUGAUGGGAUGGAAUGAAACACAACAUUAACAUCUUGUUUGCGCAUGUUCAACACUCUUGUUUUACCAUGUAGUAGAUAGCUUGUAACCUUGGUUCUCGUUGGUGCAGAUCGCCUCGGAAGAAUGAGAAUGUCGGCAUGUCGGCAUUCACUAAUGUGACGCAACUAGGGGUUCUUUUUGUGUGCUGA